GACGGCUGAGCGACUACCUGUUUGGUGAUCGCUAUACAAGGUUCUUCGACUCGAAUGGCCCGUCGAUGAUUGACACUGGGCAUCAGAAUGAUUGGGCAGACAUCGAACUGCCUGACGGCACUGUCAAGAGGUGCGAUGAACCUCGUGCAUCUACUGGUCAUAAGUGGAUUGGAUACACACUGUUCGUUCCUCUUGAUCGACCGAAAGCAGGUGAGAAUGAGCAGGAGACUGAAGACAAGAAUGCGGUGAAGCCAAAAGGAGUGAAGAUUCCGAAUGAGCCCUCGGAGAAUGAACGAAGAUUGCAUGAAUUGACGCAUCUUCCCUAUCGCGACUGGUGCGAACACUGUGUGCGAUCGAAAGGGAGACAGAAUCAUGCAGUGAUGAAGAAUGACAGACAACCUGUUACUCAGAUUGAUUUCUCAUUUUUGUCGACGGAGAAUGAUCUUCCGAAGCGGAUGAUCUUGAGUGCAACCGACGCACAGACUCGCUAUUCAAUGGCUGUCGUGUUGCCUGCGAAGGGCAGCAUUGAAAAAUAUGCUGUUGGUGAACUGCCUCGAUUUGUGUUUGAGAUUGGACGCACCUUCGGGAUUGUCCAAUAUGAUAAGGAGAAUGCACUGAAGGUGAUCGCCAAGGACCUUUGCAAGACGAUUGGUGGACUGUCGACGCGAGCAGCACCGACUGGACACUCCCAGAGUCGAGGAAGUGUCGGGAAUGCGCAAAGGACCUUGUGUGGUCAACUGCGGACACUGAUGUCGCAAGUUCAAGAGUCGACUGGCUUGAAGUUGACAUCAGAGUCUCCAAUGUUCACUUGGUGCGGCUCAUCAAUCGAGGAUCUCAAUGGUUCUCUGGAGUGUACCUUGGCAAGGACACUGACGGACACUGAGGCAGAUGAAGUCAUCCUUGCAAAUGCGAAUGGAGUCUUCAAGGAAGAAGAGAAUGAGGAGAAUGAACAGCUCGAGGAUACGGUGCCUGACAUGCAAAGCAGCAGUCUCAUUGUCACCAGUGGAGGUGUCGAGGUCAAUCUCAUUCUUCCAAACUUUGACCCAUCUGCAGUCGAGAGCCUCAUUGACCUGAGGGAACUCACUCUUUUAGAGCAGUGGCUCUGCGAGUCUCAUUUCCUGCUCAAGCUCUCCUUCCUCAGUAUUCACCUCGACAUCAAUCUUGGUUCCGUCUUUGCCAACAACCUCAUCAACUCCAACAAUCGAAGCAGAGAUCCUCAUUCGCUUGCUCGCAGGUUCAGUUGCUAG